UACGUGACUUUGUUGAUAGGCGAACGGACAAGGGGACUGCUAUUGGCACCGAUGAGCCAUGUCUGUGGACAAAGCCUCACAAGUCCUCAAUGCCUGUGAAAGUGGACGAGUUAGACUACAGGAGAGAAAAGAAAAUGCCAAGGAAACCUGGUCCAACUCCAGAGCACUUCACUCCCUCAAAGAUGAUAAAAGCCACAUCUAUUGCUAACAUCCAGGAUCAUCUUAAAAAGGUUUGUGAAGAGUCACAUUCAGGAGCCCUUUUCCUGACAUUAGCCAACGAUCCACCAGUGGCACAGUCUCCUGUACUUGUACCUUCUGUCAAGGACCUCUACCAGCAGUACCAAGCAUCAUCACAGGAUGGCAGUUUCGUUGAUUACUUCGCUGCAAACACAACUUGGCUUCAACAAUGAGCAUAUUGAAGCAGUCAGGAACUUUAAGCAGUCUGACCCAGCUUGGUUCAAAGCAAGAGAAGGGAGAAUUACUGCAAGUAAUGCAGACUCAGGAAGAUCUGCACGUGAUAUAAACAAAUGCAAAUCCCUGCUUGAUAAAAUCUCAGGCAAAAA